GCUGAUGUGACAGAUCCACACACACACACACACACACACACACCCCCAUGCCCAGUGAUCAACCAGAUCAUGCUGUGCUCUCAGUAAUGGCUGUACUCGCUUCUGACAUUGAUUACUGCCCGAAUAUAUCAUUGAAUUCUGAUGUAAUGUCCCUGGAACUGAGCCAAAGUGUUUCUCAUCUAAUUUUGUACUUUUUAAUUUCUAUUGUUUUUUUCCCCCCAUCAUGUCUCUGUGUCAUUGGAUGUCAUGCAGGGGCAGAAGGGAAAGGACAGAAGCGCAAACAGGGAGAGGGAGCUGGGCUGCGCCAUGCGACCUCGCCAGCUGUUGCUGUAUGCUGCCUCACGCAGCGAGCCUGCUGCAAAACACAAGACAAUCCCAAACCCCGCAGCACCUGCCCCGUCCCUCAUCCCACCCGUCUGUCUGAGUGGAUUAACGGCUCUGUUACAACUCGGAACUGCGUGCUCACUGGCGUCCACUGCAGCUGACAGAGACGGAGGGGUUGUUGUGGGGAGGGGGGGCAGACACGACAGGCUGGAAACCCACCAAAGGGAUGAGCGACGAGCGAGAAUGAUGGGAGAACUAAAAGGCGGCGUUGAGGAAGGGCCGAUGGAGAAGCUGCGGGACAAAUAGAUGAACAAUCACAGCUCUAGUCUAUCCUGUAUCUCUAACCUCUCUUAGGACACCCCCCCUCCUCCUCCUCCACCUCCUCCUCUUGCAGGGACAUGUUCAUCAUUAUGGGAUAGAUGCUAAGGUCUUCCCGUUGCCAUGGAUACCAGCACGCGAAAAUUCACAGUGCGGAGAUGGUUUUCUAUCUACUUGAAGAACAAGGCGGCGAGGAACAAGAACAACACUGGAUUCUGUCAGCUGGAGGAUGACAGCAUACUGAAAGAGAUUGACAUCAGCCACCAUGUCAAGGAGGGCUGUGAGAAAGCAGACCCUUCUCAGUUCCAGCUGCUCAAAGUGCUGGGGCAGGGCUCCUAUGGGAAGGUGUUUCUGGUGAGAAAGAUCAGAGGAGUGGACAGAGGACAGCUGUAUGCCAUGAAGGUCCUGAAGAAAGCCACGCUGAAAGUUCGUGAUCGUGUGCGGUCCAAGAUGGAAAGAGACAUUCUGGCAGAAGUGAACCAUCCAUUUAUAGUUAAACUGCACUAUGCCUUCCAGACAGAAGGGAAGCUCUAUCUGAUCCUAGACUUCCUUCGAGGAGGAGACCUUUUCACUCGUCUGUCAAAGGAGGUGAUGUUUACAGAAGAGGAUGUGAAGUUUUACCUUGCAGAGUUGGCCCUAGCCUUGGACCACCUACACAGUUUGGGCAUCAUCUACAGGGACCUCAAACCUGAGAAUAUUCUUCUGGACGAAGAGGGACAUAUUAAGAUAACUGACUUUGGAUUGAGUAAGGAAGCCAUCGACAAUGAUAAAAGAGCAUAUUCCUUCUGUGGUACAAUAGAGUACAUGGCUCCAGAGGUUGUCAACAGGAGGGGACAUACACAAAGUGCUGACUGGUGGUCGUUCGGGGUGCUUAUGUUUGAGAUGUUGACUGGGUCAUUACCUUUCCAAGGAAAAGAUCGUAAGGAAACAAUGGCGCUUAUUCUAAAGGCCAAGCUGGGGAUGCCACAGUUCCUUAGUCUGGAGGUGCAGAGUUUGUUAAGAGCACUUUUCAAGAGGAACCCUGCUAAUCGUCUAGGUGCGGGACCAGACGGAGUGGAAGAAAUAAAAAGACAUCCCUUCUUCGCAUCGAUAGACUGGAAUAAGUUGUACAAGAGGGAAAUGAGGCCUCCUUUCAAACCAACUGUCGGAAGACCUGAAGACACUUUUCACUUUGACCCUGAGUUCACCUCCAGAACACCAACUGAUUCUCCAGGCCUCCCUCCCAGUGCAAACACACACCAGCUGUUUCGUGGUUUCAGUUUUGUUGCGACUAAUCAAAACCAGGAGCCCAGUGUUGCCCCAGUGGCCACUUCUCGUCAGGAGGUGAAAAACAUGGACCCCAUAGCACAGCAUCUCCGUGGUGACGUGGCCUUCAGUGAUGUUUAUGAGCUGAAAGAAGAAGUCGGACAGACUGCGACAUCUGUCUGCAGAAGAUGUCUGCACAGAGUUACUGCUGUGGAGUAUUCAGUGAAGAUUAUUGACAGAGCGAAGAAAGAUCCAUCAGAAGAGAUUGAGAUUCUGUUGAGAUAUGGACAGCAUCCAAAUAUUAUUACCCUGAAGGAUGUGUUUGAUGAUGGCCAGCGUGCGUUCCUGGUUCAGGAUUUACUGAGAGGCAACGAGCUGCUGGACAGAGUUCUGACGGUGCCAAAUUUUACAGAGAGAGAUGCCUCAGACAUCGUCUGCACACUGGCCAAGACUGUGGAAUAUUUACACUCACUGGGGGUUGUGCAUCGAGACCUGAAGCCCAGUAACAUCCGCUAUUCUGAUGACAGCGGGCGCCCACAAUGCAUCAGGAUUUGUGAUUUUGGAUUUGCCAAACAGCUCAGAGCUGAAAAUGGCCUGUUGAUGACGCCCUGUUACACAGCUACGUUCAUGGCCCCUGAGGUUCUGAGGAAGCAGGGUUAUGAUGCAGCCUGUGAUAUCUGGAGCCUGGGGAUCCUGCUUUACACCAUGAUAGCUGGUUUCAGCCCGUUUGCCAGCAGUCCCGAGGACACAGCAGAGGAAAUUCUUGCACAAAUCGGCAGCGGGAAAUUCGUUAUCACAGGAGGGAACUGGGACCUGGUGUCCGAUGCUGCCAAGGACAUUGUGAUCAAGAUGCUCCAUGUGGACCCUCACCAGCGCCUGACUGCUCCGCAGGUUCUUCGUCACCCCUGGAUUGUAGAAAGAGACCAGCUCUCUGACAGAGCUCUGACCAGACAGGAUUCAGUCACUGUCAAGGGGGCGCUGUCAGCCACUUACUCUGCCCUGAGACGCUGUGCUCCCUCUCCGGUCCUGGAGCCGGUUCAGUCCUCCAGCCUGGCUCAGCGGAGAGGGAUGAAGAAACUGGAGAGUCCAAAAGUUAGUUCAGACCCUAAAGAGAAGGAGUAGUUGAAAAAGCAAACAGGUAGGCCCAUAAAAUUAAAGAAGACGUUCUCUCAUUUUGAAAAGCACAAACCUUGUUACAACAUGCUUGUAGGCCUGAAACCUGAAUGUAGAAGAUCAAGUAAACCAGGAGAUCCACUUAUUUAAAAUACAUACAAGAGCAGAGUUACUCCAAGCUUUUGGAUCUAAAUAAACCUCACCCCCUAUGCCCAAUUACUAUAACUAGCCCUCAGGAUAAGGUUCAGUCUUAAAUAUGAUACUGUGUGAUCUAACAUCCCUCACAUGCAUUUGCACAGAGGACUUGAUUCUAAAACUGAUCAAAUUUCCAGGGAUCAGACUGAUUUGAUUUGUAGCUGAUAUUUAUUAGCACACAAAGACAUUCACUUAUUUCGGGUCACACACGUCAAUAAACACAAUUAGCGCUUCAAUGCAAUGUACACAGAUGCUCUGUUACCUGCCUUGAACCAGAUCUAUAGUAGCUGAUGCUACUGAAAAUGGAACAAAUGAGUCUUGCCACCAAAAUCAGAAAAAGCCAAACAACAAUACGGCAAGUAGUCGGUCUACUUUAGUUUCCAUAUUUAGCACGUACACAUGUAUGUCACCAUGAGUUCAUGGACAGUUAAACAAUAACAGUCUUCCAUAGUCAUGACUCAAAAAUGUAUUUUAACGAUGCAGUGACACUGACAUAUUGUUCCAAUCAGUUUUAUGAAAUCUACAGUUAUGCAUGUUACAAAGUGUUAAUAACCUUCCAAAGGGAGUUGCCAUUGAAGUCUUACUGUUCAUAAUAUGCUCAGUAAUUUAACAGUAUGUAUUGUUGUCUUCCAUAAAUACAGCCUUUGCCUCUUGUAAAAAUGUAUUGUUAAAUGUUUUACAACUGCUUUUCCUAGACCAGAUGGAAGAAUUUAAGUAUGAAAGCAUUAAUGCAUAGUUUGUUGUGUUUUUCCCAUGACGUAUUCAAAAAAGUUGUUUGGCUUAAGAGUGGUCAUGAAAUCGGAGAGCAUCCUAUGGCUCUCUCGUAAUGUUGCACUCAUAGAAAAACUCUUCAGCUUUUACUACUUUGUAUUAUUGAAUCAGCAUUCUGUGAGAUAGUUCAUCAUUCUGUGUGCGUGUGCGCUCAAGUGUUUCCUGUAGCUGCCAGUAGGCCUCUGUUUGCUGUUAUUUGUCUGAAAGCCAAACUGUUUGAAAACCACUGUGUCAGAGGUCUGUAUAAGCUGUCUAUUGCUGCUGCCCCAAAUGUAGCUAAUAAGUUGUACAAUCACAAAUACGAGGUAAGACUCAACAGCGUGCGCUGCAGAUGUGAGCUGCACACUUGUGUGUUGUACAGUAGCUGUGUUGUUCAGUUUACCAGUAGGGAUGUAGAUUAUGAUGCUCCACAAUUAAUUCUAUUACUUACUGGACAGAGGUAGAACAAAAUACAUUGUGUGUAACCAAUAAGCACUGUAGCAACAAUACGUUCAUUCUGAACAUUUUUUUACUGAUACACAAACUGUAUGUGUUGUGUUGCACUACACAACUGUGAGAGGUGGAGCCCAGACUGAUGCAACAAUGAGUAUGGAGAUACAGCUGUAGAUAUUGCGUUGUACAACCAUACGGUCAAGGUCAAGCUGUAAAUAUUGUAUUGUUUACUAAUUUAGGUUGUACAUACAGCUGUGCAAAGGGAAAAUUGUGUACAUAUAUAUAUAUAUAUAUAUUAUUAGUGCUGCACAAGUAUCAGCAUCAAGCAGUAAUACUGUAGAUAUAUUGAGAUUGUACAUACAGUGUUAUAAUGUGAAGUGCAUUCAUUGCUCAGAGUGUAAAUACUGUCUAUACCUGGCCAAUCAUUGAAAUAACUGGCUGGAAUGCCAAAGUUUUACAAAUAAAGGAAAAAGGACAGAAAUGGCAGUGAAAA